AUGAUCGAUGCUAAAGCCAUUGAAAAGCUUAACAGCAUAUUAAAAUGCAGCUCAAGAAAAGAGGAAAAAAGGGAAAAGAAAUAUACCAAAUCACAUAGCAUAGAAAAUGAUAAAUACAUUUCCCGAACAAAUUUUAUAGGAGAAAAAUAUAUUAAAAAAAUAAUAAAUGAAUAUGGGAACGAUUUAGCAAAUAUUAUUGACACUUCACGUGAUAACAAUGCUAAGGAAAAAUUAAAACAUCUUCAAAAUAAUAACCAAAAUAACGAUAUUGAAUUGACAUAUUUAAAUAACUUUGAAAUAUAUCAUCGAUUAUGCAAAGUUAAAGGAAAAAACUUAUAUGAAGGAAUAGCAGGAAAAAUGAAUGAAGUAAUUGUUGAGACAUUAAAUAAAUCAGGACAAUGUGUGUAUGUGGAAAAUUCCAUAUUUGAAGCAUAUAUAAAAAAAAAAGACGACGUAGAUAAAUUAAAUUAUGUAAGAGAAUAUCCAAAAGAAGAUAAUGGAUAUGACUCAUUCAUAAAUAAUAAUUUAUAUAAUGAACAUUUAUACAAAAAACACGAAUCAUUAAUAAAUUUUGAUUACAAUAGAUAUAAUGUUAAUUCUAUAUUUUCAAAUUACAAAAAUAUAAAAAAAAAGGAACUAAAUGAUGAUGAUAGUAUCAAUUUUGGUGAUCACAGCGAAUACAAUGAUCAAUCUAAAACUUGUGAAAAAAAAAAAAAAAAUCAAUUAAAUAAUAGUGAUGUCUAUAAAAUAGAUAUCAAUAAAAACAAUUGUAAUGAUGAAAAUAGACACUAUAAUGAAACUAUAAAGAAUGCUUAUAUUUUUGAACCUCUUGAAUAUGAUGAUCAAAAUAUAAAACUAACAACAAACUCAAUAAAAUGUAAUGUUCGUGAUUUGAAAAAUGGUACAUAUGUAAUAUCUUAUGCUAUUAGAAAAAGUGGACAAUAUUAUUUAUCCAUAUUUUAUAAAAAAAAACCUGUAGCAAAUACUCCUUACAAUAUUAUCAUCAAACCAUCGGCAGCAUAUGCCCCAAAUUGUGUAGUGUAUAAAUAUAUAAACCACAGAAUAAUUAUUCCUGUUAAUAAGAAGAGAGAAAAUAAAAUAAACAAUGAGAAAAAUAAUACAGCAAAUAUUGAAAAAAAAAUAAUGUUUCAUCAAACAAUUGAAACUCAGUCAAAUAAUUCUAACGAUUAUAGUAAUAAUGAAAGUGAUACAUUUUAUGAUUCAUCACAAAGUGAGGGAUAUAAUUCUGUAUGCAACGAAGAGUCAAUUGAUUAUAAAAAUGUGCAUGUAUUAAAAUUUGAUGAUGAAGAAGAUAACGAAGAAAAUAAAAAAUUCAACAACUUCUUCAUUCAAUGUUACGAUGCAUAUAAAAAUAAAAUAAAAGACGGAAACGAAACAUUUGAAGUGACAGGAUUAGGUGAUGUCAAAAUCACAAAGAUAAAUAAUUUAUCAAAUGGUAUAUACGAAGUUAUAUAUAAAUAUGUAAAAAAAAAUGAUCAAAAAUAUAUCGAGACUGAUUUGGAUGCCCCGUCUAACUAUCACACUUAUAGAGAAAUAAAAGUAAAACUAAAUGGGUGUCAUGUAAAAGGGUCACCAUUUCAAAUAAUUUUAAAAAACGAUAAAAAAUAUAAAUAUUUAAAUAAAAUUAAAAAUUUAUUACCUAUUACCAAUAUUAAUGAGUUUAACCCUAUUGGUAGUUUAAAUAACAUAAUUAAUUCAUAUAAAUAUAUAAAAACAAAUUAUUUAACAAAUGAAGAUGGAAAUAUAUUCAUGAAUUUAAAUCCAUAUUACAAAAAUAAAGAACUUGAUCAAAUUUUGAAAAAGGUUGAUGCUAAUCUUAUAUCUAUUAUGUCUAUACCUAUGAAAGAACAAUUAUUUAAUUAUAUACGACACAUUAAUCAUGAUCAGCAUAUAAUGAAAUUAAAAAACAUAUUAUUUAAAGAAUUAAUUAGUUCUAUUUAUAAAAUUAUUAACUGUUCAGAACAAAUUUAUCAGGAAUUAGAAGAGGAUGAACAAAGUUUAGUCAAACUUCGACAAAUACAAAAUGGCACUAUCACUGAUGUAAACAUUAUGUACCAGUCUUUGAAAGAUAAAACUGUCCAUACCUUACCAUUUGAUUUUUCAAUUAAUGAUAUGAAAUUAUAUGAACAAAAAUUAAAAGAAACAAAAAAAAAUUUAUUAGAGAAACAAAAAGAACUAAUAAAUAAAUACACAAGCAUCAAAAACAAAGAACAACAAUUCUAUAAAGACAGAGAAGAUAUAACUAAGCAACUGGUUGAUAAAUAUGAACUGCAUCAAGCUAUGUAUGAUCAUUCAAAAAAUGCUUUAUUGCAAACAAAUGCUAACUUGAAAAAAAUAACUUUAACCAAUAUUAACCAAGCAUGUAAACGAGAAAAAAAAUUGACUAUAUUUAAGGGAACGAACAACUUAGAUGGAAUUUAA